UGGAUUGGUGAAGGGAACUGUAGUAACACCAGACAGUACAGUCGGGCCGGCAAUGAAAUACUUGUUCAAGGAAGUGCUUGAAUUUCCUACAGAUUGCCAAACGGAACAGCAAGCAGGUUGUCCUGAGUCUUUGUGAAUGCUAAUGGGGCUCCCAAGCUCUCUUCUGUAUUAGAAGAAACCAGGAUGACGAAGGCAUCGUUGGACUUCUCUGCAAAAGAAAUCUAGGUCUUUAUCAAGAUGCUCUGAAGAAUCACUUCUACCUUGAGGAAUGCGUAGUGUUACACUAUGACAAGCAUCUUCUGUUUUGUCAUCCCCUUCAUGUUAAUACUUGAGAUUAGAAUCCAAUUAUCUGAUGAAAGUGAAUUUUUAGUUGACAUGUCCAAAACAGGUCUCACCCAUGUUCCCAAAGAUCUAUCCCUAAAAACAACCAUCUUAAAUAUAUCACACAAUUUUAUAUCUGAGAUUCAGACUUCCGAGAUCUCAUCACUGUCAAAGCUGAGGGUGUUGAUAGUCUCUCAUAAUAGAAUCCAGCAUCUUGAGAUCAGUGUUUUCAAAUUCAACCGGGAUUUGGAGUACUUGGAUUUCUCCCACAACAAGUUGGGGAAGAUUUCUUGUCAUCCUACUGUGAACCUCAAAUAUUUAGACUUGUCAUUUAACGCAUUUGAUGCCCUGCCCAUAUGCAAAGAGUUUGGCAACAUGUCUCAACUAAAAUUUCUGGGGUUGAGCGCUACACGACUAGAAAAAUCCAGGGUGCUGCCGAUUGCUCAUUUGAAUAUCAGUAAGGUUUUGUUGGUGUUGGGAGAGACUUUUGAGGAAAAAGAAGACCUUAAGAGCCUUCAAGACUUUAACACAAAGAGUCUUCACAUUGUUUUUCCCAUGAAAAAGGAAUUCCAUUUUAUUUUGGAUGUGUCAUUCAGGACUGUGAUAAAUUUAGAACUAUCUAAUAUCAAAUGUCUGGUAGAUGAUAGUGCAUGUUCUGAUUUCUUAAAUGUUCUGGCAAAACUUCAAAUGAAUCCGAGGUUAUCAAAUCUUACUUUAAACAACAUUGAAACAACUUGGAAUUCUUUCAUUAGAAUCCUCCAGCUGGUUUGGCAUACAACCAUAGAGUAUUUCUCAAUGUCAGAUAUGAAACUGCAGGGGAAACUAGACUUCAGAGAUUUUAAUUAUUCUGGUACUUCCCUGAAGGCCUUAUCUAUACACCAAGUUGUCAGUGAUGUGUUCAAUUUUCCACAAAGUGCUAUCUACAAAAUCUUUUCAGAUAUGAACAUCCAAAGUUUCACAGUGUCUGGGACACGCAUGGUUCAUAUCCUUUGCCCAUCCCAAGUUAGCCCAUUCCUAUAUUUGGAUUUUUCCAAUAAUCUCUUAACAGACAUGGUAUUUGAAAAUUGUAGAAACUUGACUGAGUUGAAGAUACUUAAUUUACAAAAGAAUCAAUUAAAAGAACUUACAAAAAUAGUUCGUAUGACCAAAGAAAUGAAGUCUCUACAGCAAUUGGAUAUUAGCCAGAAUUUUCUAAGGUAUGAUGAACAUGGAGAAAAUUGCUUUUGGACUAAAACGUUAUUAAGUUUAAACAUGUCUUCAAAUAUACUUUCUGACUCCAUAUUCAGAUGUUUACCUCCCAGGCUCGAGGUACUUGAUCUUCACAGUAACAGAAUAGAGAGCAUCCCUAAAGAUGUCACUCGUCUAGAAAGUUUGCUCGAACUCAAUGUUGCUUUUAAUUCUUUAACUGACCUCCCUGGAUGUGACACCUUUAGCAGCCUUUCUGUACUGGUCAUUGACCACAAUUCCGUUUCCCAGCCAUCAGAUGAAUUCUUCCAGAGCUGCCAGAAGAUCAGGUCAAUAAAAGCGGGGAACAAUCCAUUCCAAUGUACGUGUGAACUAAGAGAAUUUGUCAAAAAUACAGGCCAAGUAUCAAGUGAAGUAGUAGAGGACUGGCCUGAUUCUUAUAAGUGUGACUAUCCUGAAAGCUAUAAGGGAACACCUCUAAAAGACUUUCACAUAUCUGAAUUAUCCUGCAACACAACUCUGCUGAUUGUCACCAUUGGGGCCAUCAUGCUGGUGGUGGCUGUUACCGUGACCUUCCUCUGCAUCUAUUUGGAUCUGCCCUGGUAUCUCAGGAUGGUGUUCCAGUGGACCCGGACCCGAUACAGGGCUAGGAACGUACCGUUAGAGGAACUCCAAAGAGCUCUCGAGUUCCAUGCCUUUAUUUCAUAUAGCGAACAUGAUGCUGCCUGGGUGAAGAAUGAAUUGGUACCUUGCCUAGAAAGAGAAGAUAUACGGAUUUGCCUCCAUGAGAGAAACUUUGUUCCUGGCAAGAGCAUUGUGGAAAAUAUCAUCAACUGCAUUGAGAAGAGUUACAAGUCCAUCUUUGUUUUGUCUCCCCACUUUGUCCAGAGUGAGUGGUGCCAUUAUGAACUCUACUUCGCCCACCACAAUGUUUUCCACAAAGGAGCUAAUAACUUAAUCCUGAUCUUGCUGGAACCCAUUCCACAAUACUCCAUUCCUAACAGCUAUCAUAGGCUCAAAACUCUCAUGGUACGGAGGACUUAUUUGGAAUGGCCCAAGGAGAAAAGCAAGCGUGGACUUUUUUGGGCUAACCUAAGAGCAGCCGUUAAUAUUAAGUUGACAGAGUAAGCAAAAGAAAUAGAUUACAUGCAUAGCUAAAAAUAUUCCUCCUUCCACUCAAAAAUGUGCCCAAAAAAAAAAAAAAA